GAUAGAAAUAAAGGUUAAAAGUAGAAAAUGGUUGAAGGUUACGAAGGUGUUUGUGACCUCCCGACUUGCACUCGGAAGCUCCUCGAAAUGCCAUGCACAUGAUGGCAUUGUGUCUUGUUGAGAGGGAGUCUCACACCGGUACGCCUCACAGGGAGAGCAAAGGCAGGAGCGAACCCUUUUAUCAAUCAACACAGUACAUCGCUUGACAUCAGUGACAUUCAUGUAACCAUGGCGAAAUCAUCAGAGCCAGCUAAGUAUGUGGAGGAGGAGGAAGAGAAAACCGAGAUUCAAGAAGAAGAGGACGAGUCUAAAGAGGAAAUAGAAGAGAUUGUAGUGAACCCGACUACUACCGGUACAACCGAAAUGGAGGACCACAAUGGCCGACCUACCGAUUUCACAGCUCCAUCGGUGGAGCCAGAUCCGUUGAUUCCUGCAAACAAGAUACGAGGUGGCCGCUCUUCUGCUGCUGACGACGCGUCCGUGAAGGCUAAUGCCAAGAGAUCCACGAAAAUCGGAUUGUCUGGCAACAAAGGUCCGGUAAGGCCCGGUGCUGUUGCGGAAAAAGGUCCUUGUCCAACAAAGUCCCGUGCCGUGAGCCACAGUGAAACCCCAGUACUCCAAUCCCAUCCAUCCAUUGGACAACCAGCUCCCAGAGGCGUAGAUUUGCAAGGUGGACUGAUCCUGCCCACUACUACUACAACUAGUAACCAAGUAACGGCUGCUACUUCCUCUGCGACUGUACCAGGAGCCCAAGCAGCAGUGGGAAAUCCUGCCGACAACAAAAAGAAUAGAGUGGGAGCUGGUUUGAGAAAUACCCCUAAUCGUCGGAAAGACAACAAGGAACGUCCGGUCAAGCCCGGUGCUGUUGCAGAAAAGAGUUCUCAUCCAAAAGCAUCCCGUGGGGUGAGCCACAGUGAAACCCCAGUACUCCGAUCCCAUCCAUCCAUUGGAGAGCAAGCUCCCCGAGGCGAAGACUCACAAGGUCGGCUGAUUGUGCCCCCUACAACUACAACUACUACAAGUAGUAACCAAGCGGCACCUGCUGCGGCUGUACCAGGAGCCCAUCUGGCAACAGGAAAUCCUACCGACAACAAAAGUUCAAGAAGAAAUAGAGUGGGAGUUGGUUUGAAAAAUAUCUCUACUCGCAAGCAGGGACCCGACAACGAUAUCGAGGAUGGUGUUCUUGGUGGACGGGCAGUGGCAACUCCAGGUGCUGUCGAUUCUGUUCGAGAUGGGACGACCUCAUCGCACAGUGUCACCUCGAAUCAAAGCCACCCGCAGAGUCGAAACAGCAAGGACAACAACGAGCCGCUCAUUGAAGCCGUCUUGGUGGAAGAACACCGAGACGAACCGUCUUCAUCAAACCAGCAGAAUUUACAAGUCUAUGAUGCCGUGCAGGUGGACCCCAGUUUGGAGCAUCCAGAGGAUAAACCCAUUUACCAGCACAGACAUUUCAAAUAUUGGGUUGGAGCACUCUUGGCACUGGUGAUUCUGGUUGUCAUUAUUGUCGUGGCCGCAACUGCUGGUGGCUCUGGUAGUGGGGAACAAGUCAAUGCUCCCUCCAUGGCACCAACAGGAACCAAUCCUCACUUCGAUGACAUUCAAGAACUCGUGGGAUUCUUUGUCCACGAUCGUACGCAACGGGACAAUGCAACCAGCCCCUACUAUCACGCUCUGCGAUGGCUGGUCUACACGGACAAUGCGAAUCCCACGGAACCAGAUUUUGAUCACGACCAACUGCAACAACGAUACGUAUUGGCGCUCUUUUACUUCAGCACGCGAUCUACCGGAAUCGAUGGACAGAGUUGGCUGGCAUGCAAUGCUCCCGCACCAACUAAUAAUAAUACCGAAACUUGUGUGCACCAGAGAUUCAACAGCGACAGGACCCCCAGGAAUGAAGCACCCGAAUACGACGACGUGUUGGCAUCCCGAUGGUUGAGUUCUACCGAUGAAUGCACGUGGGCGGGACUCCAUUGCGACAACUCCGGGAGUAUCGAUGAGAUUAUUUUGGCACAUUAUCAUCUCGAUGGAACUCUCCCAGAAGAACUCGGAUUGCUCUCUCGCCUUGUCGAGCUGGACAUUCGAAGCUUUUUGGACUUUGGUUAUAGUGUUUCUGGCACUCUGCCCACAUUUUUCGGAUUGCUCCCUCGUUUGGAAGUUUUGACGUUGGAUGAAAACAGGUUCAUGGGUACGCUUCCAGAUGAGCUUUGUGAUGCCACGUCGCUGAAGAGAUUUAGGAUUACAGCUAUGGGAAGCAACCUGGUGGGAACCCUUCCUACUUGUUUGGGCAUGUUGACUUCCCUCGAACGGCUCCAUUUGGAUGACAACCGACUUUCUGGAACAAUCCCAACCGAGCUCAAUUUGAUCUCCACAUUGGAGGAGGUGCAACUCCACAAGACAGCACUCACAGGAACAGUUCCUGCCGGAGGAAUAUUGUGCAAUCUACCGGACGGCGGGAUCCAGGUAGAUUGCAGCGGCAAGAGAGAUGAGACGCCUGAAGUGAUCUGUCCAGAGGGAUGCAUUUGCAACUGCAACUAAAGGCGAUGGUAUCGUGUGGGAUGCGCGAAAACUUGUCUAAGCGCGCUAGCACAAAGAGCCAACCGGAGUGACCAGGAUCAAGGACUACCUGGGGCUAUCGAGAUGCAACAAUACACGCAGUGCGUGCUGCGAGCGUUUCCUACGUGAACAGUCAAGUGCGUCAACUAGAAUGAAGCGAAACUGAACAAUGUCAAUGUAUCCGAAUCUGACGGUGGGGCUGGUCUUGACAAAGUUUGAUAUGAGCCAAGUAGCCAAGUCACUGGGUUGGAAGGGAUGCGCAUUCCUCUUACAGCAGCAACCACUUCGCUGAGUUUUGUUUGCACAGGAAUUGUUAUUAGUAGUGGGGAGCAAGAUCGAUACGGUCAUGGCUGUCUUCAAAGUUGGUGCAAACUCAUAGUUUGUCAACUGGUCGAGAUGCAUGAGACAACGGCAGACCCCUGCAAGUAAAACAUAUUGGUUCUAUUGUUUAGUCAAGGGCUUCUGCUACCAGCGGGAAGACCCGUUUCGAGGGAGCUACCCGUACCCGUAGCGAGAUGUCGAAAAAAUCUGGUACCGGUAAUUCUCAUCAUAAGUAUCCAAAUGGUAUUAAAUCUAUGAUUUUAAGUAUCUUUUCAAUUCAUAAAUCUUUGACCUGGUCAAAUCUGGGGAGGACGCCUCAGUUUCAGAACGAGAACGCUAGCUAGAAUGAGAGUAAAAGUAGAUAGACUAGAGUCACGCAAGUACCCCAUCACCAUAUUACUAGUAGUAUCGAACCUUCUGGAAACUCCUUCUUGACUGCCCCGAACAAGCAACCACAGCAUCACAUCAUCAUCGUCUGCCACAGCCAUAUCCCUAAUAACGAAUUCGAGGGUUUCUAGCUAGCUAGCUAGCUAGCUAGCGACAAGCUUGACCACAACAAGAAGAUAAGUAGACUAGCUAGAUGCCGAGCCAGGAUUUUUGGUUUGGGUCCACGUGCCAGACUUUGUCGGUCUCGGCUGCAGGAUUCAGAUUUCUUGUAAAUGAGGUUUUAAAAGAUACGCUGCACGAAUGAGAAUCUUGUGGUACUUAGACAGAGAAUCGGAUGGUGCAGAGGAGAUGACCCAUAAUUCAGGUGUUACGAGGGUUGAGCUGAUGCCGCAAGCUCGGGUUGGUCAAGUGACUCUAGCUAGCUAGACGCUCCUUUCCACUACUUGUAGGAUCGGUGCUAGAGUGGCUGUUUGGGCUUUAUCCUUGGCUCUGCAUGUUGCGCUAGUCGUAGCCCGUACAAGUGUGAGGGCGGCGAACUAGUUAGCCUUCUGAGAGGCAGGCUGGGUCUCUGUGCCUGUACCAGCAGCAGAGAGCAAACAGCGGUAGUCAAUGCGACCAAGGGUCCGUUUUGUUGACCGUCAAAGACGCACCUCCACGAUUGCAGGACACGCUGCUGCCUUUACCAUGCAUGGCCCACUCCUAGGGCUUAUGCCAGCUCGAGAAUCCAAAUUUGGGUGUCUAAGCCUCCCGCGAACGGUCGUCCAAGACCUUAGAUCCCACGUGUUGCGAAAAAAGUGAGUUGGGUAGUUAGAGGAGCUGAGUCGUGAUGUUGCCUGACAAGCAUCGAAC